AUGGAGAACAAGGCUAUCCACCCGCCCAAGAAGCAACGAGUACAAUGCCUCACGAUAGAUUCUCCAAGGAAGCAUGCCAUAUCCGACUGGAUGGCAUUGAUCGAUGAGGACAACUCUGCUGGGGCGGCGAAGGGCGGCAGCCUCGCAAAUAGCGCAGCGCUUGUCGAUCUGCCUCUUCCAUGCGCGCGAGAUGACGAGGUUGGAAUGUCAAGAUAUCAGCCAACGACCGCGCUGAGUCACCUCACUGGCGUCACGUCGCAGGCGGUGAAGCACUGGACGAUCGUGGAACGGUAUCUGUUGAACCACUUCAUGCAGUCGGUCUCUCGCGCUCUUGUCGUGGUCGAGGAUCAGGACAACAUCUUUCUCCUUCACUUCGUUCCCAUGGCACUGCAGAACCUGACGGUGCGUCGCGCGCUGCUCGCUUUAUCCGCUUGCCACACAUCCAAGGUCUACCCGAUCUUCGAGCAUGAUGUACUCGUACAGAGAACAGAAGCUCUGUGCAAUCUCAAGACCGAGCUCGCCGAUCACGAUCGUUUCAAAUGGGCCAUUGGUGCAACACUUCUCUUAUGCCUGGUUGAGAUUUGCGAAGGGAACUCACAGAAAUGGUUGUUACAUUUGCACGGCGCUCGGACGCUUCUCACCAAUACACUUUCCGAUUCGCUCCAAGGCCCACCUCUCGCCAUUCUGAAAGAACUGUACAACUACAUCUGCUGCAUUGCAUCGGUAAACUCGAUUACAGCACCUCCAGUCUUGUGGCCGUUGUCUGGUACCGAUGUCGGUGCAUCGACUGUGCAUCCGUUAUUCGGAUCCUGCGGGGAUCUUUAUCAUUGCCUGGCGGAGAUCAAUGAUGUAGCAGCAGAGAUGGACAAUGCGUCGCCUGCAGAGCAUCAAUCGCUACGAUUGCGAGAGAUCGAGCUCUCCCUGCAAAGCUGGACCCCAGCAGAAGAAUCACAAAAGUCUCGAUACACAUCUGAGCUCAGGGCGGCUGGUUUCGCUAACCAGUGGGCAAUCAUGAUCCGACUACAGCAGGUAGCGAACAAGUCCAGGAACGAUGAUCCUCGCAUCACAAAGGCCGCUGAGCACAUCCUGUCUGCGUUGUCGCUGAUCAGACCCGGCUCCGAUGUCGAGCCGCUUCUCCUCUUCCCUCUGUUCAUGGCGGGUCUGGGAAGCACGACAAAGCCAAGCCGACUGACAGUGGAGCAUAGAUUCACCUCGAUGGAAGCCACGAUCGGCUUGGGCAACAUUGUAAUCGCGCACAAGCUCCUGGACGAGAUCUGGCGAAGAGCAAAUGACGGCGAUGUUGUGGAUUGGCAAGCGCUGACGCGCGCAAGAUAUCCCGGUCUCAUUCUCUUCUGA